AUUUAAGAAAGUUUUGUGAGUUUAACAGAAAUGCUGCGGAGGAAUACUUUGACUUAUCUGUUGGUAACACUGUGGCUCGCUAGCAGUAUGUUCUCCUCAGCUGAGGAUGAUUUACUGACCAGAGCCAUGCGGCUCAUGUCUGAGACACCACUCGUUGACGGUCAUAACGAUUUACCCUGGCAACUUCGAAAGCAAUUCAACAACCAGCUCAAUCAAGUGGAUCUCAACAGCCUGGAAAGUACACACACGAACAUCCCCAAGAUCAAGGAGGGACGACUGGGAGCCCAGUUCUGGUCAGCAUACGUUCCUUGCGAUACUCAAUUCAAAGAUGCGGUCAGACAAACACUGGAGCAGAUUGACGUGGUCCACAGGAUGUGCCAAAAAUACCCAGACACUUUCAUGUUUGCCACCAGUAGCCAAGAUAUCCUAACGGCAUUCAAAAUGAACAAGACAGCCAGUCUGAUCGGAGUGGAGGGAGGUCACUCCAUAGACAGCAGCAUGGGCACACUACGGACCAUGUAUGAUUUGGGGGUCCGUUAUCUUACCCUCACACACUCCUGCAACACACCCUGGUAAGAUUCAGCAGUUAAAUAAGUGAAAGUACAAACAUAC